AUGUCUAAAGCUGAAGACAAUGUGUCCAGGGUGUCGGACCCGGAGAAGGAGGUUCGGCCUGGGGAUGGUCAUGAAGAACCCAAAUUGGAUCGGUUUGAGGAUCCGGAUGAGGGUGUGAGUGAGGAGGAGCGGGCUAAGAGGGACCGCAAGUUGCUGUGGAAGCUCGAUCUGCGACUCGUCCCCUGGCUUUGUUUACUCUACCUCGUCGCUUUUCUGGACCGGACAAAUAUCGGAAAUGCCAAGGUCGCUGGUUUGCAGGAGGAUCUCAACAUCACCGAUACCCAGUAUAACAUCGCCUUGACUGUCUUUUUCAUCUCGUACUCUGUUUUCGAGCCCUUGACCAAUGUGCUGCUCAAGCGUUGGGGGCCAAGUAUCUUCAUUCCCGUCAUUGUGAUUCUCUGGGGUAUCUGCAUGACAUGCAUGGGUCUCGUCCAUAACGGCGCAGGUCUCAUGGCCGUUCGCUUCUUCCUUGGUCUCGCAGAGGCAGGUCUCUUCCCCGGAAUCGGAUACUUCCUAUCGUGCUGGUACCGUCGCGACGAGUUUGGAGUGCGAAUGGCUAUUUUCUUCUCCGGUGCUGCACUUGCUGGUUCAUUCGGUGGUCUGCUCGCCGCUGCGAUCGCUCUGAUGGAUGGCGUGGGAGGCAAAGCUGGAUGGUGCUGGAUCUUCAUUCUCGAGGGUCUGGCCACGGUACUGAUCGGUGUCGCUUGUUUCUGGAUGGUCCAGGACUUUCCUGACAAAGCCACGUUUCUCUCGCCUGAUGACAAGAAACGGGUCGUGCGCCGGUUGGCACAGGACAAACAGGCGAGUGCGAUGAAUGAGGACUUUGAUAUGGUGUACUUCUGGUCGAGUAUGAAGGACUGGAAGACGUGGCUUUAUGCCGUGAUCUAUAUGGGCGCGGAUAUGCCAUUGUAUGGGUUUUCGCUAUUCGUCCCGACCAUUAUUGAAGAACUAUUGCACAAUACUGACAACCCAGGAUACACUUCGGUCAAAGCACAACUCCUCAGUGUCCCCCCAUACGCCGCCGCUGCAGUUAUAACCAUCUCAAUUGGUUUCCUCGCGGAUCACACGCGCCAGCGCGGUAUCACCAACAUGGCUGUCUCCGUCAUCGGCAUGGCUGGCUAUGCUUUGCUGAUAGGUGCCGAAGGACCUGGCGCUCGGUAUGCCGGUGUUUUCCUCGCCGCCAUGGGUAUUUACCCAUGUGUUUCGAAUACCAUCGCGUGGUGUAGCAACAACACGGAAGGCGUUUACAAAAGAGGUGUCACGCUGGGUGUCGUCAUCGGCUGGGGAAACCUCAACGGUAUCGUCGCCUCCAACGUUUACCGCGGCGGUGAUGCGCCCCAGUUCUACCCCGGUCACGGUGUGAUGCUUGGAUACCUCGUUGUGUGCUUGUUCGGUGGAUCCCUCAUCCAGUAUAUCUUGCUGAUAGUGGAGAACCGCAAGCGCGAGCAAGGAAAGCGCGAUCAUUGGGUCGAGGGGUUGAGUCCCCAGCAACUCGCGCAGCGGGGUGAUGAGCGGCCGGACUUCAUAUAUACACUGUAG